GCGGGUCUCGGCCGCGGGGCUGGCGGGCUGAGGGGAGGAAAGAUGGCGGCAGCGGCGGCAGCUGGUGCGGCUUCUGGGCUGCCGGGUCCAGUGGCACAGGGAUUGAAAGAGGCUUUGGUGGAUACCCUCACUGGGAUCCUGUCCCCCGUGCAGGAGGUGCGGGCGGCUGCAGAGGAGCAGAUUAAGGUGCUGGAGGUGACAGAGGAAUUUGGUGUUCACCUGGCAGAGCUGACUGUAGAUCCUCAGGGGGCACUGGCAAUCCGUCAGCUGGCAUCAGUCAUCUUGAAACAGUAUGUGGAAACUCACUGGUGUGCCCAAUCAGAGAAGUUCAGACCUCCGGAAACUACAGAAAGGGCAAAAAUUGUUAUCCGGGAGCUAUUACCCAAUGGGUUGAGAGAAUCAAUAAGCAAAGUGCGCUCUAGUGUGGCCUAUGCUGUAUCUGCCAUUGCCCACUGGGAUUGGCCUGAAGCCUGGCCCCAACUCUUCAACCUGCUUAUGGAGAUGUUGGUGAGCGGAGACUUAAAUGCCGUCCAUGGAGCCAUGCGUGUGUUGACAGAGUUUACUCGAGAAGUGACAGACACACAGAUGCCACUUGUUGCUCCUGUCAUUCUCCCAGAGAUGUAUAAGAUAUUCACCAUGGCCGAGGUGUAUGGUAUUCGAACUCGUUCCCGAGCAGUGGAGAUUUUUACUACCUGUGCUCAUAUGAUCUGUAACAUGGAGGAACUGGAAAAGGGUGCAGCCAAAGUCCUGAUCUUCCCCGUGGUGCAGCAGUUCACGGAGGCCUUUGUUCAGGCGCUCCAGAUGCCGGAUGGUCCCACAUCUGACAGUGGUUUUAAGAUGGAGGUUCUGAAGGCAGUGACAGCCUUGGUGAAAAACUUCCCAAAGCACAUGGUGUCCUCCAUGCAACAGAUCCUGCCCAUUGUUUGGAACACUCUAACUGAAAGUGCUGCCUUUUAUGUGAGGACAGAAGUGAAUUACACAGAGGAAGUGGAAGAUCCUGUGGAUUCUGAUGGAGAAGUCCUGGGCUUUGAAAACCUUGUCUUUAGCAUUUUUGAAUUUGUCCAUGCCCUAUUGGAAAACAGCAAAUUCAAAAGCACGGUUAAGAAAGCCUUGCCUGAGCUCAUCUACUACAUCAUCCUGUACAUGCAGAUCACUGAGGAGCAGAUUAAAGUGUGGACAGCUAACCCACAACAGUUUGUCGAAGACGAGGAUGAUGACACAUUCUCCUACACUGUUAGAAUCGCAGCUCAAGACUUGCUCCUGGCUGUGGCCACAGAUUUCCAGAAUGAGAGUGCAGUGGCCCUGGCUACUGCAGCCACUCGGCAUUUACAAGAAGCAGAGCAGACAAAAACCAGUGGCACCGAGCACUGGUGGAAGAUCCACGAGGCCUGUAUGCUUGCUCUAGGCUCUGUGAAGUCUAUCAUCACUGACAGUGUGAAAAAUGGCAGGAUCCAUUUUGAUAUGCAUGGGUUCUUGACCAAUGUCAUCCUUGCAGACCUCAACCUGUCAGCGUCUCCUUUCCUCUUGGGCCGGGCACUGUGGGCUGCCAGUCGCUUCACUGUUGCUAUGUCCCCUGAACUGAUUCAGCAGUUCCUACAGGCAACAGUUAGUGGUCUUCAUGAGACACAACCCCCAUCAGUUCGCAUCUCUGCUGUGAGAGCCAUCUGGGGUUAUUGUGAUCAACUGAAAGUCUCAGAGAGUACACAUGUGCUUCAGCCCUUCCUCCCCAGCAUCCUUGAUGGCCUCAUUCACCUGGCAGCCCAGUUCAGCUCAGAGGUCCUCAACCUGGUGAUGGAGACCCUGUGCAUCGUUUGUACUGUGGACCCAGAAUUCACAGCAAGCGUGGAAAACAAAAUCUGCCCCUUCACCAUCGCCAUUUUCCUAAAGUACAGUAAUGAUCCUGUUGUCGCCUCGCUGGCUCAGGACAUCUUCAAGGAACUGUCCCAGAUUGAAGCCUGUCAAGGUCCAAUGCAGAUGAGGCUGAUUCCCACUCUGGUCAGCAUAAUGCAGGCCCCGGCGGACAAGAUCCCUGCAGGGCUCUGUGCGACAGCCAUUGAUAUCUUGACUACAGUAGUUCGAAAUACAAAGCCUCCCCUUUCCCAGCUCCUCAUCUGUCAAGCUUUCCCUGCUGUGGCACAGUGCACCCUUCACACAGAUGAUAAUGCCACCAUGCAGAAUGGUGGUGAAUGCUUGCGGGCCUAUGUGUCAGUGACACUGGAACAGGUAGCCCAGUGGCAUGACGAGCAAGGCCACAAUGGACUAUGGUACGUGAUGCAAGUAGUGAGCCAGCUCCUUGACCCACGAACCUCAGAGUUCACUGCAGCCUUUGUGGGCCGCCUGGUCUCCACCCUCAUCUCCAAGGCAGGGCGGGAGCUCGGGGAGAAUCUGGAUCAGAUUCUUCGUGCCAUCCUCAGUAAGAUGCAGCAGGCAGAGACACUUAGUGUCAUGCAGUCACUCAUCAUGGUGUUUGCUCAUCUGGUGCACACUCAGCUGGAACCUCUGUUGGAGUUCCUAUGUAGCCUCCCAGGACCAACUGGGAAGCCUGCCCUAGAGUUUGUGAUGGCUGAGUGGACAAGUCGGCAGCACCUGUUCUAUGGACAGUAUGAAGGCAAAGUUAGCUCUGUGGCACUAUGUAAACUGCUUCAGCAUGGCAUCAAUGCAGAUGACAAGCGGCUACAAGAUAUUCGUGUGAAGGGAGAAGAGAUCUACAGCAUGGACGAGGGCAUCCGCACCCGCUCUAAGUCAGCCAAAAACCCAGAGCGCUGGACAAACAUUCCUUUGUUGGUCAAGAUCCUAAAGCUGAUUAUCAAUGAGCUUUCCAACGUCAUGGAGGCCAACGCUGCUCGCCAGGCUACUCCUGCUGAGUGGAACCAAGAUGAUUCCAAUGAUAUGUGGGAGGACCAGGAGGAAGAGGAAGAGGAGGAGGAAGAUGGUUUAGCUGGCCAGCUUUUAUCUGACAUUCUUGCUACAAGUAAAUAUGAGGAGGAUUACUAUGAAGACGAUGAGGAAGACGACCCUGAUGCCCUGAAGGAUCCUCUCUAUCAGAUUGAUCUGCAGGCGUAUCUCACAGACUUUCUUUGCCAGUUUGCUCAGCAGCCCUGUUAUAUAAUGUUUUCAUGCCACCUUAACGACAACGAGAGGCGGGUCCUACAGACUAUUGGCAUCUAAAAAAGAAAAUCUUCAGCUUGUUCUCCCUCUCCUGGCCCAGCCACAGACAGUUCUACAGCCCUCUCCGGCCUUGAGAUGCACUUUUUCUCAACCUGGAGUGGCUUCUGGCCCUCGGCCUCAACAGUGACACUGACACUCAGCCCUUGCUUACCAGGGCUGGCAUUUUAAAAGCUAAAGCAAAGAACAUUUAUCAAAGUCCUGUGAAGAUACCCCAAACCUGGAACUGUCUUUCUCCCCAGCUCUGCCCCCCUUCAUUCCUAGCAUCCUCUGUUGGGCAGACCAGAAACAUUGAUACCUAGGAUGUGGGUUCCUGAUUAUUUUGCCCCACCUCAGGAGCACAGGAAGUCACUACCAUUAAUAUUCAGAAAUAUACCUGUUUGCUGUCAUAGGA